AUGGCCCGAGAAGAGGAAGAGAGAGAAAUCCGUGAUGAUGUUUCCAACAACAGCUCGGACGAAGAUGGAGACAAUGUGUUAGACUCUUCGGAAGAGGACGACGACGAAGAAGAUGAAGAAGCAAUGCAAAAGGUGCGUGAAGGCUUCAUUGUGGACGACGAUGAGGACGACGACCGUAUCAAGAAGAGAAAAAAGAAGAAGAGACGGAGAGAACGUGAACGUUCUAACCAGGUCGAGGACGAUGCGUUGGACGAAGACGAUUUGGAAUUGUUGCUCGAAAACUCCGGAGCAAAGCCAGCACAAGCCAAGUCCAGUGGCAAGUUCAAGAGACUCAAGAGAGCACGUAUAAGUGGCGAGGAUGACGAAGAAUCCGAGCCUGCUCGUGGCAAAGAUUCCGCCAGAGACCCCAGAUCUGGAUUGACCGACAUAUUCUCCGAUGAUGAGGAAAGACAAGGCGAAGAGGAUGAAGAGGAGGAUCGUGGAGUUCAAAAUGAUGGCGAAAGAAACAUUUUGGACGAGUUCGAAGAUUUCAUCGAAGAAGACGAGUUUUCGGACGAUGAUGACGAAGCCAGAAGAAGAGAAAAAAUUGAACAAAGACAAAGAACCAAAAAGAAGGGACCCAGAUUGGAUACUUCAAAAUUGUCCAAUGUUGAUAGAGAAAGUUUGCAACAAUUGUUCGAAGUAUUCGGUAACGGUCAAGAAUACGAAUGGGCUUUGGAGGCUCAAGAAAUUGAAGAUGAAGGCAAUGGUGAGUCCUUGGAGCCAACCUCUUUGGACGAAGUCUUCGAACAUGCCGAAUUGAAGGAACGUAUGUUGACUGAAGAAGACAACUUAAUCCGUAUUAUAGACAUUCCAGAAAGAUUCCAAAAAUACAGAGCCAAUUUAAACUACAUCGACUUGGAAGGAGAGGAAUUACAAAACGAAAAGGACUGGGUAGCCGGUAUCUUGUUCAAGGAAAAACAAGACUUGUUCACAGGAUUCUUGGAAACUCCAUUCAAGGAGGCAGUUGGAAAGGUGGUUGAAUUUAUAUCCAAAGAUGCAUACGAGGUCCCAUUCAUCUGGACUCAUCGUCGUGACUUCCUUCUUUUCUCUCAAGAAAUCAAGAACGAAGAGGGUGGUGUUGAAAACGAUGUCCACAAGUUACUCUACGAAGAUGACUUGUGGAGAAUUGUUCAACUUGACGUUGAAUACCACUCCUUAUACGAAAAAAGAUUAAACACAGAAAAGUUGGUCGAAUUAUUGAAUUUGGACGACGAUUUAGUCAAAGACAUAAAGUCUUUGGACACUAUGGUUGCAGUCCAGGAUUUGCAUGAUUACAUUCAAUUCACCUACUCUUCAGAAAUCAGGGAGUUGGCCAAGAAACAUCAAGAAAACCCUCAAGAAGUCUCGGAUAAUGUGGAAGGACUUGAAAUCGCCAAGUUUGGCAAGAAGCAUUCUAAAUAUGCCUUGUUCGAGAGAAUUAGAUCAAAUAUCUUAUAUGAUGCAGUCAAAGCUUUCGGUAUAAGUGCUAAAGAAUUCGGAGAGAAUGUCCAAGAUCAAUCAUCUAAGCGUUUUGAAGUUCCUUACAGAAUCCAUGCUACUGACGAUACUUUGGAAUCACCGGAUGAUUUAAUUGAAAAGUUAUGUGAAGAUGAUGAAAUCAUUUUCAAAGAAGAAAAGAGUGCUCGUGAUGCAGUGAGGAGAACUUUCUCCGAGGAGAUCUUCCAUAACCCUAAAAUAAGACACGAAGUCAGAUCAACCUUCAAAGCAUACGCUUCUAUCAGUGUGACUAUUACUGAAAAGGGAAGAGCCACCAUUCACAAUCACAGUCCAUACGCCAAUAUCAAAUACGCAAUCAACCGCUCGCCAGCGGACUUGGUCAGAAACCCAGACGUGUUGCUUCAUAUGUUAGAAGCUGAAGCUGCUGGUUUGGCUGUUAUCAAGGUCGAAACCAAGGACUUUGCCAACUGGUUCCAAUGUAUCUUCAACUGUUUGAAGUCUGAUGGUACCUCUGAAAUUUCUGAUACUUGGAACAAGGAAAGAGAAUUGGUGUUGAACAUGGCCUUCAAAAAGUUAUCCAAUAUGAUUGCUUUAAAUACCAAAGAAGACUUGCGUCGUGAGUGUGAAAGAUUGAUUGCCAGUGAAGUGCGUAGAAAGUUCUUGAGCAAGUUGGACCAAGCCCCAUUCACUCCAUUUGGUUUUGACAAGGGUACCAAGCCAAACGUUCUCGCUUUAUCUUUCGGUAAAGGUGACUUUGAUAGUGCUGUUGUUGGUGUGUUCUUAAAAGAAUCAGGAAAGAUCGAUGAGUUUUUCAAGUCUGAAAAUAACCCUACCAGAGACCGUGAGAAUGAAGAACAAUUCUUCGGCCAAUUGAAAGAGUUUUUUGACAAGAGUUUAGAUUACACUAAGCCCGAUGUUAUUGUUGUUAGUGGUUACAACGCCAACUCCAAGAGAUUGUUUGACAGUGUCAAGAAAUUCGUCGAAGAAAACUCCAUUACUGCCAAUGUCGAUGAUUUGCCCAAUAUCAGCAAUGCUCCCUUGAUCAGUGUUAUCUGGGGUCAAGAUGAAACUGCAAGAUUGUACCAAAACUCUGAUAGAGCCACUGUUGAAUUUGCUGACAAGCCUACUCUUGCCAAGUACUGUAUCGGUGUGGCGAGAUAUGUUCAGAACCCUCUUUUGGAAUACGUUGCUUUAGGGGAGGACAUUUUAUCAUUGAGUUUCUACGAGCAUCAAAAGUUGAUCCCUGCUGACCUUGUGAAAGAAGCCAUUGAAUCUGUCUUUGUGGAUAUUGUCAACAUGGUGGGUAUCGAAAUCAAUGAAGCUGUGCGUGAGCCAUAUAUCGCCCAGCUAUUGCCAUACAUCUCAGGUUUGGGUCCAAGAAAAUCUUCAGGAUUAAUCAGAAACAUUAUCUCCAAGCUUGGUUCUAAUCUUUCCAACAGAAGUGACUUGAUUGAAAAUGAACUCUCCACUGCUAACAUUUUCAUCAACUGUUCAUCGUUCUUGAACAUUCCAUUUGAUGAAGGUUCCACUGUAAGAGACUCGUCUGUCGAAUUAUUGGAUGCCACUAGAAUUCACCCAGAAGACUAUGAUUUGGCCAGAAAGAUGGCUGCUGAUGCCCUUGAUUUGGACGAAGAAGACAUGGCACAUGUUGAAGAGCAAGGUGGUAUUAUCUAUCAAUUGAUGCAAGAGGGUGUCAACAAGGUCGAUGAAUUGAACCUUAUCGCCUAUGGUAAAGAAUUGGAAUCCAAAUUCGGUAAAAAGAAAUAUGCCACUUUGCAGAUUAUCAAGGAAGAACUUGUCAACAAUUUCGAAGAGUUGAGAAGAUCCUACCACGUUUUGGAGAGCACCGAAGUUUUCCAAAUGUUGACUGGUGAAACUCCUGAGACUUUGUCGAGAAACACCAUUGUGCCAGUCUCUGUUACUAAGGUUGGUAAGAAUUAUAGAGAUCCAAACUCCAAAAUCAGAUUCGCCAAGGUUGCUACAUCGUCGUUAAUCCAAGGCAGUGUUGAAGAGCAGAACAUUCCUGAUGACAUGGACCUUGACCAAGGCCAAGUAGUGCAAGCAGUGGUGUUGGAAGUGUUCUAUGACAACUUCAAUGCCAAUUUCAGUUUAUUGGAGGAAGAUCUCAUGCGUGCUAAUGCUCCUAAGUUUGUCAAGGAAGCUGGCAAAUGGGAUUUUGAAGCUGAGGAAUUGGAUUUGAAGAAGGAGGCUGCCAAAGAAAGAGCCAAACUUGCAAAGACCAGAAAUAUUCAGCAUCCAUUGUACCAUAAUUUCAAUUUCAAACAAGCAGAGGAAUUCUUGGCCCCACAAUCUGUUGGUGAUUGUGUGAUUCGUCCAUCGUCCAAGGGUUCCAGAUACUUGACUAUCACCUGGAAGGUUGCCAAUAACUUGUUCCAACACCUUUUGGUUGAGGAAAACACCAGUGGUCAUAUCAAGGAAUAUAUCGUUGACCACAAGAGAUAUGCUGACUUGGAUCAGUUGAUUUUCCAACACAUUCAAUCCAUUGCUAAGAAGGUCGACGAGAUGAUCCGUCAUCCAAAGUUCAGAGAAGGUACCUUGUCAGAGGUUAACGAAUGGUUGGAAUCUUACACCAAAGCAAACCCUAAGAAUAGUGCUUAUGUGUUUUGUUUCGACCAUAAGAUGCCAGGUAGCUUCUUAUUGUUGUUCAAGGUCAAUGUCAACACCCCUGUCAGUACAUGGCAUGUGAGAACUGAGGUUGAUGGUUACACCUUGCAGGGAUUCUCAUAUCCAAACAUGCUUCGUUUGUGCAAUGGUUUCAAGCAAACCUUCAAGUCUUAUGUUUCCAGUUCUAGGUCCAGACCUGCCCAGCGUCCGCAAUCUGGAUAUGAUGGUUAUGGAUAUUAG